UCGCAACUUUUUCCGGUUGGACUCUGGUGGAGACGUGGCUCUGUUUCUUCCAAUAUUACGAGUCAAGCUACAUGCUACCGUUUGAACUGAGCACAAGUCACCAUUCAGACGAUUUUAUUUUUGAAACAGCUGAACAGACAGGGUCCGUUUUUGAGUCCACGGACGGAUCAUCUUGUAAAAGGGAACAGAAAUGGUGCUCUUGGCAGCAGCGGUGUGCACUAAGGCAGGAAAAGCCAUAGUGUCACGACAGUUCGUAGAGAUGACGCGAACACGCGUUGAGGGCCUGCUGGCUGCUUUUCCCAAACUGAUGAACACAGGGAAGCAACAUACUUUUGUGGAAACAGAAAGUGUACGCUAUGUCUACCAGCCCCUGGAGAAACUCUAUAUGGUUCUCAUCACUACAAAAAACAGCAACAUUCUGGAGGACUUGGAGACACUAAGGCUUUUCUCCAGAGUGAUCCCCGAGUAUUGCCGCGUGCUGGAGGAGGGGGAGAUCUCAGAGCACUGUUUUGAUCUCAUAUUUGCAUUUGAUGAGAUUGUAGCGCUGGGCUACAGGGAGAAUGUUAACCUUGCGCAGAUUCGCACUUUUACUGAGAUGGACUCGCAUGAAGAAAAAGUCUUCAGGGCAGUCAGAGAGACCCAAGAAAGAGAGGCAAAGGCUGAGAUGAAACGGAAGGCCAAAGAGUUACAGAGAGCAAGACAAGAUGCUGAACGAUCAGGAAAGAAAGCACCAGGCUUUGGAGGUUUUGGAAACUCCGGAAUGAGCAGUGUGACAUCUGCUUCCAUCAUCACAGAUACAAUAGAACCAGAGAAGUCUAAAGUGGCUCCCACUCCAGUCAGGCCUAGUGGACCAAGUAAAGCACUUAAGCUGGGUGUUAAAGGGAAAGAGGUGGAUAACUUUGUGGACAAACUGAAGUCAGAGGGAGAAAACAUUGUCACAUCUGGUGCAGGAAGGAAAGCAACAGAGGCAUCUAAAGUCCUUCAGCCUCCAGUGAAUACAGAGAGUGUACAUCUGAGGGUAGAGGAGAAGAUCUCUCUCACCUGUGGUCGGGAUGGUGGGCUGCAGAACAUGGAGGUUCUGGGCAUGAUCACUCUGACAGUUACAGAUGAAAAAUAUGGCCGCAUUUCCAUACUCGUCAACAACAAUGACAAGAAAGGAGCCCAAUUACAGACUCACCCUCAUGUCGACAAGAAGCUGUUCACUACAGAGUCCCUGAUCGGUCUGAAAAACCAGGAGAAGUCCUUUCCUCUUAACAAUGAUCUGGGAGUUCUCAAGUGGAGGUUACAGAGCACAGACGAGUCCCUUAUUCCUUUAACCAUUAACUGCUGGCCAUCAGAAAGUGGAAGUGGCUGUGAUGUCAAUAUUGAGUAUGAGCUUCAGGAUGAGGGACUUGAGCUCAGUGAUGUUGUCAUUACUAUUCCUGUGCCGUCAGGUGUAGGUGCUCCUGUGAUUGGUGAUCUGGAUGGGCAGUAUAACCAUGAUAGCAGGAAAAACAUCCUUGUAUGGUCGCUGCCUGUCAUAGAUGAGAAGAACAGGAGUGGCAGUAUGGAGUUCAGUAUACCUGGCAAACCCAAUGAUUUCUUCCCAAUCAAUGUUUCUUUUGUCUCCAAACGCAACUUUUGUGACAUUCAGGUUGGCAAGGUGACGCAUGUGGAAGGAGGCAGUCCAGUAAAAUUCUCCACUGAGACGUCAUUUGUUGUGGACAAGUAUGAGAUCCUGUAAAUGUUUCCAGGAGGAAGAUGUUUGUGUUUAACUGCCAGCCAGCUUAAUGGUUCAGAAACCGUGCUGGACAUUAACAGCACUUUCAAAAACAUCCUCUGAAGUAGGCUGCAGUAUUUCUGUUUAUCUGAGAAAGGAAAAUAAUCUGCCUUUAUAUAAACUGGACUCUGCUGCUCAAUACUACGCUGCACCUACCAGUAAAGACACAGGAGUGUGAAAUACAGCCCUGCACAUGAAGACAUCAAGGGAAGAUCAGUAUCAUAUCUUAUUGCAGAUAUAAAAGGAGACUGAACCCAUAAGAACUCUUUUAACUCUAGAAAUAAAUAAAAAGCAAGAAAUGGAUACUUGCACAGUUUGUUGCAUGGAUAAACCGUUUUAAAUUUGUGAACUAAUUGAGAUCUGAACACAUCUGAUCAUCACAGAAUAGAUGCUGGUUCUCUGUAAUGGAAACUUAAACAGACCCAACAUUGUAGUACCAAAUGAGUGCGUGCGUGCGUGCGUGUGAGAUAACUAAAUCAGUUGUGUUUGUGCAAUACCCUUGUGCUGUGCUACAUAAGAACUGACACUGCUUUAAUGUGCAGUCCAAAUUCAGA